AUGGGUAGCUGCCUGCCAUCAUGUGGAUCAUUGUCUUUGAUACUACUUGUGUUGUUGCAGCCCAUGCUUCACUCGUCCUCUGGCUGCUUCGUGGAGGAGAGGGCUGCUCUACUUGACAUCCGGUCUUCCCUGCCGAGAGCGCAUUCCCUGAUUGCGCUUGAUUCAUGGGGGGAUGAUGAUGUUGAUGACUGCUGCUCGUGGGAGCGCGUGAGAUGCAACAAUACAACACAGCGAGUGUCUCAUCUCAACCUUUCUUUCAUAUUUCAAACUCAUUUACACGAUCAUUGGUAUUUAAACUUGACGGUGUUGUCUGCACUACAUGAGCUUGAAUACCUUGAUCUAUCAACCAACUAUCCCUGUUCGCUAGCCAUGGAAGGUUUAGUUGGACUAGCCAAACUUCGAUAUCUCGACCUCAGUUACAAUGCAUUGGGAGGGGAGCUCCCAGAAUUUAUUGGGCAAAUUGUUUCACUGGAAGUUUUAGCUCUCGACACUAACUACAUGACCGGAGGUCUUCCAAGCGCAGCUGUUGAGAAUCUCAGAAACUUGCGACAACUGAAGAUGUCUGUGAAUAGAUUGAACGGAAGCCUCCCAGCUUCGCUAUUUGCACUUCCUCACCUAAAGUUCCUAGAUCUCUACAAUAACAGGUUCGAUGGGCAUAUUCCAAUAGACUCAUCCAUGGUACCAAUUUCACUGGAAGUACUAGAUCUCAGUUGUAAUCGCCUCAACGGAACUCUCCCGGUUAGAGCUUUUAAACACAUCAGGAGCUUGAAUUUGGGUCACAACCAGUUGAGCGGAUCUCUCCCUGUGUCAUUAUUUGCACUUCCUCAGCUGAAUUACCUAGAUCUCUCGCAUAAUUACUUUGAGGGACAUUUUCCUACUAAUGUGUCUUCAGAACCAGUUCAGCUUGAAGUCUUACAUCUAGAGUCUAAUAUGUUGAGUGGAGCUCUUCCGACUGAACGAGAAACUAAAAAUCUUCAAAACCUACGAGGGUUGUAUUUGAGUUCCAACCAAUUCAGCGGAAGCAUUCCAACAUCCUUGUUUUCGCUUCCACAUAUUGAACAGUUGAAUCUCUCAAAUAAUUUGUUGGGAGGGUCAAUCCUGAUAAAUCCUUCUUCCAAUCUUUCAUUGUCGCUUAAGAGUCUUCGUUUUUCUCAAAACAAUUUGAGUGGUAGACUUUCUUUCAUUUCACUUCAAAGCCUCACAAAACUAGAAGAGAUAGACCUUUCAGGCAAUGUUAACCUAGCUGUUGACAUUAGUAUUUCCGGAUGGACACCUCCGUUCCAAUUGAAACAACUGCUCCUCUCUGGUUGUGACCUUGACAAGAACAUUAUUGCGGAACCACAUUUUUUACGCACACAGCGUCGUUUACAGGUGCUUCAUUUGUCCAAUAAUAACUUGUCAGGUAGCAUGCCAAAUUGGUUGUUUACUAAGGAAGCAACGCUACUGGAUCUAAAUCUUGGGAAUAACUCGCUAACUGGAUCUCUGGACCCAGUAUGGCAUACCCAAUCUUCACUUGGUGUUAUCAAGAUACACAUGAACCAUAUCACAGGACAGCUGCCGGCCAACCUCAGCUCAAUGUUUCCAGGCUUGACUGUUCUAGAUUUUUCUAGUAAUGACUUGUUUGGGCACAUACCAACGUCAAUAUGUGAGAUCAGCUCCAUGCAACUUAUAGACCUAUCAAACAACAAACUUUCUGGGGAGGUUCCAGCUUGUGUUUUCAAUUAUCCCUGGCUAAACCUCUUGAAGGUCUCAAACAACAGGCUUGGUGGUCCGAUUUUUGGUGGGAUGAAUAAUCUGUCCAGUAUAUAUGAAUUGUGGUUGGAUGGUAACAAAUUUAAAGGAACAUUGCCUCAUGAUCUGGCAGGACAGUCUAUAAGAGUCAUUGAUUUGCAUGACAACGAGCUGUCUGGGGAACUCAAUACGUCAUUUUGGAAUCUGCCCUCUUUGUCAGCCCUGAAUCUUGCUGGAAACCGUUUAACUGGCAAAAUUGAUCAACACAUUUGUGGCUUCACAAGAAUUCUCCUUCUAGAUCUAUCGCACAACAACCUUACAGGGUCUGUACCAAACAGUUGCUUCAUUGUGCUGAAUUUUCUUAACCUUACUGGGAACUCCUUAUCUGGCGAUAUCUCUUUUCUCCUCUUCAACACAUCAAGUCUGAUUGCUUUGGAUAUCAGACACAAUCAGUUCAUGGGCAACCUUAAUUGGGUAAGUUACCUAGAAAACAUUAGGCUACUUUCGCUGGGCGGAAAUAAGUUUGAAGGGCAGAUCACUCCAACCUUGUGCAGACUCAUGUACUUGAGGAUACUUGAUUUUUCACAUAACAAGCUUUCAGGUUCUCUGCCAGCAUGUAUUGGUAAUCUCUCUUUCAAAGGUGAUAGGGACGAUGCAAUUUUUCAGUCAGUAUAUAAGGGUUAUAAGUAUGACUACUUCAGUGUCUAUGACUUAAGAGGCUUCACCUUUGCUACCAAAGGAAAUAUCUACACGUACGGUCGCAAUUUCUUCAAUUCAAUGGCUGGAAUCGACUUAUCUGCAAACAUGUUGGGUGGAGAAAUUCCUUGGGAGCUAGGGAAUCUGAGGCAUAUCAAAUCCCUUAAUCUGUCCAGCAAUUUCUUUGUUGGCCCGAUCCCAACAACCUUUGGCGGCAUGGAGGAGAUAGAAAGCUUGGACCUCUCCCACAAUGAGCUGAGUGGACCAAUGCCUUGGCAGUUAACCCAGCUAUCAUCAUUGGGGGCGUUCUCUGUGGCAUACAACAACUUGUCAGGAUGCAUACCAAACUCUGGUCAGCUCAGCUCAUUCAGCAUGGACAGCUACCUACCCAACACCAACCUUCACAACAUUACUCGGGGGGAUACCUGUGCUGCUCCCGGUCCAGAUCCUGCUGUGGGGAAAGAUGUGGAAGAGACGCCCAGUGACCCAGUUCUAUAUGUGGUCACAGCUGCCGGCUUUGUGUUGGCAUUUUGGGCCACUAUUGGAUUCUCGUUUUGCCAUCCUUACGGAAGAUCUGUAAUGCUCAAGUUGUAGUGCUUGAGCCAAACAUCCGCACUACAGUCAUGUACUAUAAUCUUUAAAUGUAAGAUCCACAGAGCUUCCUUAAGUUUCUUUCUGGCUCUAAUGUAACCUACUCUACUUUGUAACUGAUUGUACUACUUCUUAAAGAGAAUGUAUCAGACCCUUUACAUAUGCA